AUGGUUGUCCUGAAUCCAAUGACUUUGGGAAUUUAUCUCCAACUCUUCUUACGCUCCAUCGUGUCCCAGCCGACGCUCAUCCACAGCGUCCUCCCAAUGUCAGCAGCCCUCCCUGGCCUGGAGCAGAAGAAGCGAGGCAACCACAGGGCAUGCUGCCUGCUGCUGCCCCCUCCACCCCCACUGUUCCCGCCACCAUUCUUCAGAGAGGGCCGAAGCCCGCUUCUCUCCCCAGACAUGAAGAAUCUCAUCCUGGAACUCGAGGCCUCGCCAUCACCCUGCACAAAAGGCUCGCCCGGCUCCCCUGGACCCCCCGGCCCGCAGGGUCCACCCGGGCUUCCUGGCAAGACCGGACCAAAGGGAGAAAAGGGAGAGCUCGGCCGCCCGGGAAGGAAGGGUAGACCUGGCCCCCCAGGUGUUCCUGGCAUGCCUGGGCCCGUUGGCUGGCCAGGCCCUGAAGGACCUAGGGGUGAAAAAGGUGACCUGGGCUUGAUGGGCUUGCCAGGGUCAAGAGGACCAAUGGGCUCCAAGGGCUACCCGGGAUCCAGAGGUGAAAAGGGAUCCAGAGGAGAAAGGGGUGACUUGGGACCCAAAGGAGAAAAGGGGUUCCCCGGAUUUCCUGGAAUGUUGGGACAGAAAGGUGAAAUGGGUCCAAAGGGGGAGCCUGGGAUGGCAGGAAAUCGAGGACCCACAGGAAGACCAGGAAAAAGAGGCAAGCAGGGACAAAAGGGAGAUAGUGGAGUUAUGGGCCCACCUGGCAAGCCUGGGCCAUCUGGUCAACCCGGCCAUCAAGGUCCCCCGGGACCCCCAGGCCCUGCGUCUGCAGGAAAACUUAUAAUGGGAGCCAAAGGGGAGCGAGGAUUUCCCGGGCCUCCAGGAAGAUGUCUCUGUGGACCCCCUGUGAACAUGAAUAACCCCACCUAUGGGGAAUCUCUGUAUGGGCCCAGUUCCCCGCGAGUCCCUGCGAUUUUUGUGGUCAACAGCCAGGAAGAACUUGAGAGGCUGAACACCCAAAAUGCCAUCGCCUUCCGCAGAGACCAGCGAUCCCUGUACUUCAAGGACAGUCUUGGCUGGCUCCCCAUCCAGCUGACCCCUUUCUACCCUGUGGGCUACACUGCAGACCAGCGUGGCUCCUGCGGAGACGGGGUGCUGCAGCCCGGGGAGGAGUGUGAUGAUGGCAACCAUGAUGUGGGUGACGACUGCAUCGACUGUCACCGGGCCUACUGUGGAGACGGUCACCGGCACGAGGGCGUGGAGGAAUGUGACGGCUCCGACUUUGGCUACCUGACAUGCGAGACCUAUCUCCCCGGAUCAUAUGGAGACCUACGCUGCACCCAGUAUUGCUACAUUGACUCCACACCCUGCCGCUACUUUACGUGA